UAGUCUCAGUCGUAGGAGUCAUCGGUGUUGUGGGAGUUGAAGGUGUUGUCGAAGUUGUCUCAGUCGUAGGAGUCGUCGAUGUUGUGGGAGUUAUGUCGUCAGAGUUGUUGUUGUCUCAGUUGUAGGUGUUAUCGGCGUUGCUGGCGUUGUACUUUCAUUUGUCGUAACAUUGCCAUCGCAUUUGAUAGGAGAACAUUUAUUUCCUGCAUCUUUACAGCUUAUACUCUUUGCCUGUUCGAUUAUAUUUGUGAAUAUUAUUUAAAAAAUUUAAAUUUACUUUGA